UGUGGUUUAACUUUGGUUUAUAUAUUUCAUAUACAUGUUAUCUCGUCGAUUUUCUCUUCAAUCGCAUCAAAAUCAUGAUUUACCUUGAUUCACUAUUUGAUUAGCUUACGUUGCAAGUUGCGGCACUUUCUUCGACUUCGGAAUUCUGUUCUCUCUGAAUUGAAGAACGAAUCUCUCGAGGAUGGUGUUUGGUCAAGUGGUAAUAGGUCCACCGGGCUCUGGGAAGACUACUUAUUGCAAUGGCAUGUCUCAGUUUCUCCGGCUUAUAGGAAGGAAAGUUGCUGUUAUCAAUCUUGAUCCUGCAAAUGAUUCACUACCGUAUGAAUGUGCCAUUAAUAUUGAGGACCUUGUUAAGUUGAGUGAUGUGAUGGAUGAACAAUCUCUUGGUCCAAAUGGAGGUCUUGUCUAUUGCAUGGAUUUCUUGGAGAAGAACAUCGACUGGUUAGCAUCCAAAUUGAAACCUCUUUUGAAAGAUCACUAUCUGAUUUUCGAUUUCCCUGGCCAAGUGGAAUUGUUUUUUCUUCAUUCAAAUGCUAAGAAGGUUAUUGACAAGCUUGUAAAGAAGUUGAAACUUCGGUUGACUGCUCUUCAUUUGGUAGAUGCACACCUUUGUAGUGAUCCUGGGAAAUACGUGAGCGCAUUGAUUCUCUCCCUUUCAACAAUGAUGCAUCUGGAGCUUCCCCACAUUAAUGUUCUCUCUAAAAUUGAUCUCAUCGAAAGCUACGGAAAACUUGCUUUUAAUCUUGAAUUCUACACUGAUGUGCAAGAUUUAUCUUACUUGCAAAAUCAUCUGGAUCAGGAUCCACGCUCUGCUAAAUACAGGAAACUUACGAAGGAGCUUUGUGAUGUCAUAGAAGACUAUGGCCUGGUUAAUUUUACAACUUUGGAUAUUCAGGACAAAGAAAGUGUGGGUAACCUUGUCAAACUUAUAGACAAAAGCAAUGGUUAUAUAUUUGCAGGCAUUGAUACCAGUGCAGUUGAGUUCAGCAAAAUUGCUGUUGGUCCUCUUGAUUGGGACUACUACAGAACUGCUGCAGUACAGGAAAAGUACAUGAAGGAUGAUGAUGAAGAUGAGUACCCUAAGGAUUGAUGAUGAUGACAUUAACAAUGGAAUUUGUAGCAGACCUAUGUCAGGUGAUGGUUCUUCUGGAAACUUAUCGAAGAUGGAAGGCUUUAGUUAGAACAUCAACAACUUCUUGCAGUUAAAUGGUGAUAUAACAAUAGUUUCUUUGACUUAAGUAUGAGUAAGUUAAUAUAAAAGUUUGGAUCCAACCAAAUUGGUUGAAAGAGACUAUGUAAUAUAUAUUGAGCUGAGAAAGGAAAGGUGUGGGACAAGUAUGCAAAUUCUACAUAGAUUUUAAUAAAUGCCUCAAUAUUUUGUUAAAA